UCCAAUUUCACAGGUAAAAUAAAUACAUUUACUUUAGAACGACGCAUUAGAUAUUGGAAAAGACGGACAGAAAACGUCAGAUCAGUCAUGGCAUCAAUUUCACAAUGCCAAAUAUGUUCUAAACUUGAUAAGUCUGUUCCAGCUGAUAAAUGGUGCACGGAUUGUGAGCAUUUUCUUUGUAAUGAAUGUGUUACUGUGCAUAAGGAAAGUCGAGUGUCACAGCCGCAUCGUAUUAUUGACGCUGAGACUCUGACAUUGCCCAAACAAUGUGCAAGUCAUCCUAAGCUGACAUUGGAUUUCUUUUGUACACAGCAUGAUAUUCUCUGUUGCGAAAUGUGCAUAUCGGAUAAUCAUCGGUCUUGCGAUAAAGUCGAUACGAUUCAGGUAGCUUGCAAAAACGCAACGAUUUCGACUCUUUACCGAGAUACAGCUGACGGAAUGAAGCAAAUACUUGAAACACGCAACCGUAUUAUUCAAAACAGAACUGAAAUAAAAGAUAGGGUUGUUCAAGAAGAGAAUGACAUUGUGAGAAAGAUUGCAAAAGUGAAGGAGUCGCUAAUCCAACAGCUUGAUGAUAUGGAAAAUAUCAUUCGAUCAGAGCUGCAGAUUGCACGAAAGAAUGCUGUAAAGUUAUUGGAAAAUGAAAAAGUCAAUUCCAAAAAAUCUGUUUCAAAGUUAGAAAAAUAUUUAACACAACUGGACGUUUUUACCAAAAAAGGAUCAGAUCUGCAUGUUUUCCUUCUUCUGCAUGAACUGCAGCCCAUCGUCAGCGAAGAAAAUUGUUGUCUUGAGAAUAUUGUUCCUAAUCUUUCCGAACCUCGCUUGAUAUUUCUAGAACCCAAUCAGAAUUUUGUGGAAGGUAAAUGGUUAGGAUCUGUUACUAUAAAAGAAGAAAAGUCAGGUCUGCAAUAUUGUCCAUCUAAGCAUAUGCAGGCUCAAAUUAUCUCGGCUCCAAAAUCUUUCAAGCUUUGCGAUCGCAUCGGUCUCAAAAACGGUGACGUCACUGGUCUUACAACUGACAGUAAUGAUAACCUAGUUAUUACAAGCCGCGAUCGUCUGCUAUCAUAUAGUAAAAAUGGAAAAUACAUUAAUGAAUGCAAGCUAGGCAGUGAUGCGUGGGAUGUGUCAUUUCAUUCAACGUCAGGAAAUGUUGUUGUAGCAUUGCAAGAAAACGGUAUACAACUGGUAAAUAAUUUUACCCCAGGACGCGUCGUUAAAUGUAAAAAUGCUGUUUUUGGUGUUUCGUCCGGCAACGAAAAUAUUUUCGUCGGUGAUACUAAGGGGAAUUUGCAUAUAUUUAGUUCUGAGCUAAGACACUUGAAAGCGUUAAAGUUUGGUAGGGACGAUUUUUAUUAUGUACAUUACAGAAGAAAUAAAAUCUAUAUUUCAGAACCUAUUUCCGAUGUAGUUCAUUGUAUAAAUGAUGACGGGUCUCCUAUUUUUAAUUUCACUUCAUCCACAUUAGAAAUGCCCAAUUGUAUAGCAACGGACCGUCCAGGAAAUGUGUACGUCGUUGGCCGUGAUUCAAACAAUAUUCAUCGUCUGUCUAAAAAUGCUAAGAAGAGUGAAGUUGUGUUGGGACCUGAAGAUGGAUUAAAAGACCCGAGUGCUAUUUGUUUUAGUAAAGAUUAUAGCAAACUAUUUCUAUCAAAUGAAGAUGGUGCAAGUGUCUAUGUAUAUGAAUGUCAAUAUUAAAAUCAAAAGAUUUAACAUAAAAUCUAAGGAAAACAAUCUUCUGUCUUGACAGAUAUCAUUUUUACAAAAGUAAUAGAUAACAUGAACUGCUAUUUUACAAGAUGCCGGGGUUUUCUUAUUUGUAUUUAAUUACUAUAGUAUACAGAUAUUGUAUACAAGUUUUCAGAACAGUUUUCAAUCCACCAAAAGACAAACAGCAGUCUACAACACACAACGUAGAAAACUAAAGACUGAGCAACACGAAUAUAAAAAUAAGAAGAUGUGGUAUGAUUGCCCAUGAGACAACUCUCCACAAGAGACCAAAUGCCACAGAAAUUAACAAUUAUAGGUCACCGUACGGCCUUCAACAAUGAGUAAAACCCAUACCGCAUAAUGAGCUAUAAAAGGCCCCGAGAUGACAAUUGUAAAACAAUUCAAACGAGAAAACUAACGGCCUGAUUUAUGUACAAAAUAAUGAACCGCAACAAACGACAACCAUUAAUUACAGGCUUCUGACUUGGGACAGGCACAUACAGAAUGUGGCGGGGUUAAACUAGUUUGAAGGCGCCAACCCUCCUCCUAACCUGGGACAGUGGUGUACCAGUACAUAAGAACAAACCAUAAAAAUCAGUUGAAAAAGGCUUGACUCAUCAGAUAGAUACAAAGCAGAAAUACAUCUAACAAAAA